GAAGUCUAAAGAUAAUGAGCAUAUCCAACAAAAUAGUGGGGUGUCGUUAACUGCAAAUGUAAUGCUAGUUUCUAGUGCCAAAGAUAAGAACCCUAUAGCAGAUGAGAUUACCUUCUAUGGGGUGAUUCAAGAGAUAUGGGAGCUUAAUUAUAAUAGUUUUACAAGAGUUGUGUUUAAAUGUGAUUGGGUCGAAAAUAGUAAGAAGGGGCUGAAAGUUGAGGAUUUUGGCAUGACAUUUGUUGAUCUUAGUAAAAUUGGGCAUAAGUCUGAUUCUUUUGUUUUAGCCGAUCUAGUGAGAAAAGUAUUCUAUGUUGAAGAUCCAGCAGAUUCAAGGUGGUCAGUUGUACUGCAAGCACCUCAAAUGGAUUGGUUAAACGAAGAGGAGUUGGGGGAUACCACGCUUGAUCAUCCAUGUCUUUCUCAUGCAUUGCCAUCUGUUAAUACAUUUGAUGUCUUGACUGAGAAUGAUGCUGUUUAUGUUCGUGAUGCACUCUAUCAGCACACUGACCAGCAAAUAUGGGAUGUGUAUAUAUAUAGCGUCAAUGCUGAGCGUGUAGUUGUUUGUGUGCUACAUGCAGGUAAUCAGCCGCCACCACCGCCGCCGGUUCGGCAGGUCACCCUAAAGACGUUAAAGGAUAACGGCGCCGAGGAGUUUCUUGGAGACAACAUUGCAGAACCACAGAUUGCCUUCGACUGGUUGGAUCAAACCACGAGGGUAUUAAAGAACUUGAGGAUUCCAGAAGCUGAUCGCCCCGAGCUAGCUGUCCAGUUGCUGCGCAAAGGGGCAUAUGAGUGGUGGAAGAGAGCAAGUGAGAACGCCCUUGAGCCACUGACAUGGGCAUAUUUCGACAGCUCUUUCCAGAAGGAGUACAUUCCGCCUCGUUUCCGGGAGGGAAAACAGGAUGAGUUCGUGGCUUUGAGGCAAGGAGACAUGACACUCCCUGAGUUUCGACAGAGGUUUGAUCACUUAGCCCAGUUUGCAGGAACUUUGGUGGCGGGAUACAACCAAAUAGAGAAAGCUGAGAAGGGGCUAAUCGCGUGGAAGAAGAGUGUGGCCGGUUCGGAGGAGCCGAGCACCCAACACAAGGCCGUCGUCACGUCAGGUGGCAAGCGAACCCCUGGAGGAGGUCACAGCAUGCCGCAUUCCAAAAAGACUAAGGCCGAAGUCAAGCACGCUCCAACGUUCCUCCAUGAAUUUCGCCCAAUUAAAGCUUCAACGGGAAUAAUCUCAACGGGAAGAAAUCUCCUGGCUAUAAAUUGAGAGGAAUUGGACGAGAAUUGGGGAGGGGAAUCGUACCGAAAUAACAGAGCAGCGGCUCUUGCCGCUGAUAUUGACGCAACCCACCGGCGGAGAUGCAGACGGCGGCCAACGAAGGCUCGCCGGCGUUCUACGAUGGCAGGUGGCGGCAGCGGUAGGGACCUACUCCAGCUCCAAUUUUCUUGAAGUUCUUCAUCUUCUUCAACAUUUGCAAGCCGCGACCAUCUAGGCACCCUAAGUGUAAUCUUUGCGGGAGGAACCAUCCAGGAGAAUGCUGGUUCACACAGGGGUUGUGCGUGGGAUGCGGUAAGGCGGGACAUUUCAAGAGGGAUUGUCCUACAAAUCCAGAACCCGCGUUUUCUACCGCCGAGAUGCAGACACAGCCGACUGCGGCCCGGCCUACACAGAGCCAGCAUACUACCGCAGGAUCGAACCCGCGAAAGAGCCAAAGUCAAAACCAGAGUCAUGAUCGCCAACACGGAGGAACUCCAGCGCGCACCUAUGCCAUGCAGGGACGAACCGAAGUAAACAGGGACGUCAUUCUUGAACAGGAGUUUCAAUCCAUUCCAUUGGUGUUCAUACAUCAUAUUAUUGAGAGAUACAUUCAUGGGUUCAGUGCACAGAAUCACCAAUGGAGAUGUUUUUUCAGGAUCCCAGAAUGAUCCAAUGAAUUUGUACCAAAAGUGGGCAUGGUUUUCAGUUGUUUAGAUGAUGACAUUCAAUUUUACAAGAACUAUUCAUUUGCAAAACCCCCAGCUUUUUUCUUUUCGGCGUCGAGUUGAGGAUUCCCGAAAAGAUUUAUAUAU